GGAUGGGGAUGGGUUUGGGAAUGGGAAGCAUCGGGAGUAGCUUUAGCGGCGGUUCGGAGGAACUGAUGAAGAAGAAGAGAGGGAGAGCCAAAAAGUUGGGGCUGGAAAGCAUGGAACUUGCUCUGACGGCGAGGUCAUCUUCGCCAUUUUCCUCCGGCUCCGAGUUCUCCGCCAAACGGGGUAGAGGGCGGCCACGGGGCUCCGGUAGAUGCCAGCUCCUCGCAGCUCUUGGGGAAUGGUUUCAGUUAUCUGCAGGAGGGGCUUUCACUCCUCACGUUGUGUCGAUUGCAGCAGGGGAGGAUGUGGCUGCUCGGAUUCUUUCUUUCUCACAGAAGGGCCCUAGAGCUGUGUGUAUUCUCUCUGCAAAUGGAGCUAUUUCAAAUGUCACCUUACGACAGCCUGGUUCUUCUGGGGGUACCCUGACAUAUGAGGGACGGUUUGAGAUAUUAUCACUCUCUGGAUCGUUUACAAUUAUUGAAUCUGAUGGCGUAAGAAGUAGAACAGGUGGAAUAAGCGUUUCACUUGCAGGACCAGACGGCCGUGUAGUUGGAGGAGGUGUCGCAGGGUUAUUACUUGCCGCCAGUCCUAUUCAGGUUGUGGUGGGAAGCUUCUUGCCGAAUGCUUUCAAGGAGCAUAAACGAAAGCUCAACCAGGAUUCCUCGCCAUUCCUUCCCAUGCUACCUGCUUCCUGCGCCGCCGCAGGUGCAACGCCACUGUCAGAUGCAACUGAAGAAUGUGAGGACUCAAAGUUAACAAUUCAAGGGCCACCGACGAGCGGCGAUAUGCCGAACAAUGUCAUCAACAUCACUGAUCUAAAUCCGACGCCAUCUUUCCGGUCGGUUCAUUGGCAAGGCUUUCAUCCCUCAUCGGAGCAAAAGUCAUCUCCAGACAUUAACAUAUGCUUACAACGCGAGUAGGACAUCUAUUUCAUGACCGAGUCUGGAGCUUGAAAUUUCCAAGACUAGAGGAGUCAAAUUUAACUACUAAUUCUAAAUCCAGAAAUACAAAAAAAGAGCCAUGACAUACUAAAAAAAUCAAAACAAAUGUUACAUGUGUUCUAGCGUUGUUGUAGCAAGUUCUAAGCUGGUCUCUUUCUACUACAGAAACCUUC